AUGGCACCAAAAAUACCGAUGAAGAAAUGGCGCAAAGGAUCUCAGAACAGUAUAGAGAUUAUUAAAGAUGCAGAAAAAGAAGAAAAUGUUGAUGCAGUUGAACAUGUGGAAGUUGGAGAAAAGAAUUGGAUGGUGCGUGAUUUGGGACUUGCUAAACCUGCUCCUGUUAUAGAAACUUUUUGUACCGAUGAAUUAGUUUUGCAGCAUGUGAAACUUGAUGGAGUUGUUACUUUGGUUGAUUCCAUGAAUGCAAUGCAACACCUUAAUGAAAUAAAACCAAGAUUUGUGGUUAACGAGGCUGUAGAACAAAUUUCUUAUGCUGAUUGUAUUAUUUUUGAACAAGUUUCCACUACAAAGGCUUAUAUAAAAUUUCUUUCUGAUGGAUUUGUGUCUACCAAUUGUAUCAGGGACCUGUCAUACAACAAUCUAAGUGGUCCAGUACCAAGGUUGCCUGCCAAGACCUUCAAGUACAGACACAACCAAAUGGCAACAAACAACUUCAGCAGCAAGUACUUGGUUGGAAAAGGUGGUUUUGGAAAUGUCUACAAAGGCUGUCUCAGAGAUGGUGCAGUAGUAGUAGUUAAAAGGCUUAAAGAUGGUAAUGCCAUUGGUGGUGAGAUUCAAUUCCAAACUGAAGUUGAGAUGAUCAGGCUGGCAGUUCACAUGAACCUUCUUCAGCUUUUUGGGUUUUGUAUGACGGCCUCUGCGAGUCUCUUAGUUUACCUCUCUAUGGUAAUGCCAUGGAGCAAGUUUCAUGCAUGA